UAUAUAACGCCUGGUGCUGAGACAUAAUUUAUGAAAACUUACGAGCGUCGUAUAGCUUGUCUAGCUGACAGCGAAUAGGACGGACCAGCCAAACUUGGGGAGAAGCAUACCUAACCAAGGCGCAAAGAAACAAGGAACACUCUUCGAAUUUCAUAAAGAUCCAGACUAUUUAUUUGGUGACUGUCAAGAUGCCUGUUAUUAGAACUCUCAGCAAGGUGGCUAAGCAGGCCCUCCUGAACCCAGGAUGUGGCUGUCAGCCAAUCACAGUGGCCGUACGGACCAUCAGCUUCUCACCUCGCCAGGUCACCUCAGACGCCAGCUUCCACUCCGUGUCCUUCUCCGAGACGGACCACCCCAAGGUUCUCAUCACAGGUGGCCUUGGACAGUUGGGGGUAGGGCUGGCUAAAAGGUUGAGGAAGCGGUUUGGAAACAAGAAUGUAAUCCUGUCAGAUAUCAGGAAGCCUCCAAGCCACGUUUUCUACAGCGGCCCCUUCAUCUACUCAGACAUCCUGGACUAUAAGAACCUGCGUGAGAUUGUGGUGAACAACCGCAUCACGUGGUUGGUCCAUUACAGUGCCCUGCUCAGCGCCGUGGGAGAGGCCAACGUAUCUCUGGCUCGCGACGUCAACAUCACUGGGCUCCACAACAUCCUGGACAUUGCAGCGGAGCACGGCCUGCGUCUGUUCGUCCCCAGCACCAUCGGAGCCUUUGGGCCCACCUCACCCCGGAACCCGACCCCUGACCUCUGUGUCCAGAGACCCAGGACCAUCUAUGGAGUGUCCAAGGUUCACGCAGAGCUCAUGGGAGAGUACUACCACCACCGCUACGGCCUUGACUUCCGCUGUCUGCGCUACCCAGGAAUCAUAUCUGCUGACUCGCAGCCUGGAGGAGGAACGACAGACUACGCGGUAGCCAUAUUCCAUGAUGCCGUCAAAACGGGGAAGUUUGAGUGCAACCUGAAGCCAGACACGCGGCUGCCCAUGAUGUACAUCGACGACUGUCUGCGUGCCACCGUGGAGAUGAUGGAAGCGCCCGCAGACACCCUCUCCAUGAGGACCUAUAACAUCAACGCCAUGAGCUUUACCCCUGAAGAGCUGGCUCAGGAGGUCCAGAAACAGCUGCCGGACCUGGAGGUCACCUACGACAUCGAUCAAGUCAGACAGGCCAUCGCUGACAGCUGGCCAAUGAACUUUGACGACUCUAACGCGCGGAACGACUGGGGCUGGAAACACGAUUACGACCUCCCGGAGCUCGUCCAGACCAUGCUCAACUACAUCGGCUCAGACUCGCGCAUCGCACAGACCAACUGAGGGGCCAGCGGUGACGUGCUUCUCGGUGUCGUGCUGGAUUAGUGUUGUUUCUUUGUACAUACUGUAAAAAAACAUUGUUAUAGAAGAGGGAGACACGUGGUCUAUGAAGACCUGUUCGAGAGGAGGGAGACAUGUGGUCUAUGAAGUCUGUUGUUAUAGAGGAGGGAGACACGUGGUCUAUGAAGACUUGUUAGAGAGGAGGGAGACAUGUGGUCUAUGAAGUCUGUUGUUAUAGAGGAGGGAGAAACGUGGUCUGGAAAUAGUCACUGUUUUCUCUCUCUCCUCUCUUUGUCUUUCUUUCUCUGUCUUUCUCUGUCUGUUUCCGUCUGUCUCUGUCUUUCUCUGUCUGUUUCCGUCUGUCUCAGUCUGUGUGGCAGAACAAGCUACUACAAUGUAAAGGUUGGUCGCUCGAGAAAUAGACGUUUGACUCUCCCCUUCUGGGAAAAGAGGUUAGAACACAGGGUCUGUGAGAACAUGUUUAGAUGAAACAUCUCAGAGAGGUUGACUUGCACGGCUAUGAAUGUUUCACUCUAUUGUACCAUUGUGACAUUUUCAAGGCAAACAAUCAAAGAAUGUAGCAUUGGUCAAUCUUAAGUGCUUGAACCCUUCUCCUCUCUGUGGUGAGCUAUGUAAGGCUAUUGUAAAGGGGUUAACGAUUGUAUAAAUGUUUUUGAUAAGAGAAUUCAGGUAUCAGAGGGCCUAAAUGUAUGGCCAUAAUCACAUUAAGUUGAAGUUUUACUAACAUAUAAGCAUUGUAAUUUGAUGCAGUUUAGAGUAAAGAGAGAAUGAUUGAAACCCUUUAAAAUCUUGUAUUAUUUUUUAUCAUUGAACAGUUAUAAUUGUGCGUGUGUGUUUUAAUAUCUAUGUGUGGAAGCAUCGAGUACCAGCUCACAUUUUUCUAUUAUUUUAUGUUACUUCAGCUGUUUUUUUUUUUCUCCCACUGAUUUCAUUCUUGUAUGUAUUCAGUCUGCUGGUGAUAACUGACUGGGAAUGAUGUUGAAUCAAUGUGCUCCUUGCACUGCUUGUAUGUAAAGUGUGAAUGUUCCACAGUCGCUCUGGAACGUUUGCCUGCGUCCCAAAUGACUCCCUAGAUAGUGUCCACCAUAUUCCUUAAAUAUUCCCUAUACACUAUAAAAGGGAUUUGCCAUUUGGGAUGCGUCCUAUUUGACUGUUUCCGUUAGUUCGUAAGUGACCUGUCAGGGGUGUCCGUUUUCACUCCGUCUGUUCGUCCAUGUGGAUGUUAUUAAAAAGGGAAAUGGUUUUGUGGUGGUUGUAUGUUUUUCUUUUCGGAUGCUAUCGUUGUAAAUGAAUUCAAUGCUUUCUGUGUGUAAGUCUGGAAACAAACGUGUGUUCUUUCAAUCACAAAUCUGCUUUGUCAUCAAAGUAUCUCUUUUCUGUAUCCUCUUAAUAUGACAUGUAUUUGUUCGUGUACAACAUGCCGUUGCACCAUCUUUAUAUAGAUAGUUCAUUUUCAUCUGUAGUCCCUGGACAGAAAACAGUCAACAUUAAAACAUCAAUACAAUCCUA